AGUACUUUUUUAAUGUAGGUGUCAAAUUAUUUUAAUAUUUUUAUUUUUGAAAUAAACUCACCAAUUGACAAAUGACUUUUUUUCACAAGAAAAUAUCAAUACUAACAAAUUACGAUUUACGAUUUACCAAAUUAUUUAAUUAUCCAAUUUUAAGGGGAAAAAACAGCUAAAUUACUGCAACAAAUAUUACAGGACUCUUGAUAAUGUAAAUGCUCGGUGGGGCGAAUUAAAAAAAGGAACGGACUUUAUGUGACCUGCCGGUCAUAUUUUACUCAACCCUGAUUUACAGUAGGCCAGUGAUUCUCAAAGUGUGGUACUAGUAGCACUGGUGGUAGAUAGGCUCCAAAAUAAUCAGUUCAGUUUUAUUUUAACUUUUAGUACAAUACAUUUGCAUUUAAUCUUUAAGAACUGUUUAUUUUUAAACUUAUUUAGAUGCAAUUUUAUUUAACUAUUAUGUGAAAUAAAUGUUAAUCGAAUCAUUAUUUUAGUACAGCUUUUUUUUUUAGCCAUCCUAGAUUUAAACAGUGUUAAUGUUUAAACUGUGCAUAAUGUUACAGUGGCUUAUAAUAAAUAAUAAUAUAUACUUUUAGGGACAAAAUGUUUUAUGUACACUAAGGCCUACUAUGCUACUGUAUUUCAAUGUUGGUUGUUAUGGUGCCACUUAAAGAGCUAAGGCUUUUUUUUAGGUUUAACGUUUUAAAAAACUAUUACUUUCUUGGCUUUAGUGUUGCCCUAAAAGUUGGAAGUUUUGCUUACUGACUGAAUACACCAACAAGAAUCUUCUUCAGACUUCUCACUUUGUAGUAAUCGCAAUUGUGUUUAAAGAGUUUGCUUACUGAGCCAGACACUGUAUACUCCGUAAAAAUCUGUUUUAUACUAUCAUGUAGUUUUGAGUCUGUCUAAACAGACUGUACGCGUGUGUGUAUUCAGUGAUUGUGCAAGGUGUAAACCACAUGACUUGUGUCUGGGUGUGCGUGUCCUCAUGUGCGUGCCAUUGUUUGGGAUUUUGAUGUCAGGGUGUAAAAAGCCCUGCAGGGUGAACUUUCCCCUACUUCCCACAAGUUCUCCCGAGCAUUCCUGAUUCAUGGUUGAAAACUAGCAGCUACUGGCCCAGUACGCUGAUUCACAGAAACAAUAUUUUACUUCCUAGAAUUUGUUUUUCUGGGCUAGGCUAUAUAUAAUCGUUAUCUUCACUUGAUUGUGAAUUUUCACUGUGACUUUAACGGGAAUUGGAGAACUACAAAAAGUGUUUAAGGGCAUGAUUGCAAAUGUACUUAAGUCAUACUUGAAACUUAUACAGAAUCAUGAUUAAUUUUCAUAUAGGUGUGAUCCUAUUGAUGGCAAGUGGAAUGGAAAAUAAAUAGAUGGUUGGAUGUAUAUUAUUUCAUAUUAUCCAUCUAUGUAACAAUUUGUUUUUAUUUUCUUUAGAGAAAUGAGUGAUGCUGGAGUUGUUAUUCUGAUAUAAAGUUUACGGUUGAUUGGGUCCAUUAAAAAGUGAAAAACAAAUAUUUUACAUUAAUAAUUAAACAUUUAAACAUUGCAUAAAUAUAUGGUGUCAGAAAUAAAGUAUUACAUCAACAAAAAUGCUGCUUCAACUGCAAAAUAAUAAUAGUAGUAUAAUAUUUUACAUCAGCCAGAAAUGCAGACGUUUCAUAGCAUCAUUUUACAAGUGGUGACCACUAUGAAAUGUUUCCAUCUAAACCUUCCUCCAUGCCCACCUCCAAAGCCUUGCGGCCAAUCAGCACAGUCCUCAGCUGCAGCGCUCAGCUAUAAAUACCUCACAAUUGCAUCUCCAGCACACAACAGACAACAAGAUCAGCAUUCGAAUCUAAACAGCCCAAAGAUGAAGACGGUUCAGAUUGUCAUCUUCGUCCCAGUGUUGCUUUCAAAUGCAGCAGCGGGUUUCCCCGUGGACAGAAGGGACAAGUACGCCUCCUGGGACGACGUCAACGUGGUGGCCCACGGCCUGCUGCAGCUGGGCCAGGGUCUCAAGGAGCAUGUAGACAAGACCAAAGUUCAGAUGAGGGACGUCAGCAGCCAACUGAAAGCCUUCAACGCCACGGUCGCCACAACGGAGAGAAAGCAGCGCGAGCAAGACGCAGCCCUGAAGGCCAGACGGGAGGGGGAGGAAAGGAUAGACGAGAAAGUGGAGGAAGUGGUGAAGCAGACCAAGGACAUCCGCUCCCGCAUGAACUCACUUGAGAAGAACGUGGAUGAAAUGCUUAAAGUGACACCGGAAGUCAGCUUCAGAGACAACAACUCAACAAUGUCAUUUAUCCAGAGAGCCUUGGCAGCGCAGAACAGACGCAUCGACCAGUUGGUGGACAAAAUCAAGCAGCAGCAAGACAAACUGGACAAGCAGAGUUUACACCUGCAGACACUGCAGAGCAAGGUUGCACAUAAGAGAGUCAAAUUCCUCAGGCGAAGGGAUGAGGAGACAACACUGAGGGGAGAUGCGGCGCUGAGUGAUGCCAAAACAGGUCUAGCUCGGGAUUGCCACGAUCUGUUUGUAGAAGGGCAACGAGCCAGCGGCAUAUACACAAUCCAGGCACAGAACUCGCAGCCGUUCAACGUCCUCUGCGAAAUGACCUCAGAAGGUGGAUGGAACGUCAUCCAGAAACGUUUUGAUGGCUCGCAAAACUUUAAUCAGCUUUGGGGGAGCUACAAAAAAGGCUUUGGCAGCCUGAAUGGUGAGUUUUGGUUGGGCUUGGAGAACAUUCACGCAAUCUCCGAACAAGGCCAGUACCUGCUCCAGGUGGAGCUCACGGAUUGGGCGGGAGAGACUCAAGCGACACACUAUCGCAUCCAACUUGAUGGAGAGGACAAAAACUACACUCUCCACCUCAAGGAGGAUUCUACGUCUGGAGUUCAGGGGGGAGGCAUUCUGACGGGUGCCUCGGGUCUUCCUUUCUCUACAGCCGACCGCGACAGUGAUCUCGCCGCGGACGACAACUGUGCUGAUCUUCACUCAGGAGGUUGGUGGUUCAGCAACUGCGGCGCCUCAAACCUCAACGGCAAAUAUCCCAGAAGGCCCGGCACGCUCAGGGCCAGGCCAAGGAGGAUGUUUUGGACCUUCGCAAAGAGGCAAAACAAUUCUUUAAGGACAACUCUUAUGAAGCUUGCACCGAUUUCAAUAAACCAGCAAUAGAUUCUUAUGCAUGUAUGCAGCAGAGGACCAAAGCAAGCUGGGAAAACAUGAUGCAUUUGUGAUGGAACAACUAAAAAUGUAAAUAGGCUGACAAACUCAACACGCAGAUUUAUCAUCUGUUUAUUGCACUGAAUUAUCAUAUAUUGCUAUGCCAUAAGAUUUCGCUCAGUCACAUUGACAGUUACAAGUAUUCCCUUUAUAAGGGCUUUAAAAAAAAGAAAAAAUAAUAUAUAUAUAUAAGCUGUGUAUUAUUUUCUUCAAUAUUUUGUAUUCAAAUAUACCAUUUGUAAGAACUGAAUGAAAAGUGUUUUCAUAAGGUUUGUGUCCCUGGUAAAUAAUACAGUAGUUAAAAAUUCCACACAACGUUUAAUUAAACACCCAGGACUGGUCGCCAGUCAAUUACAGCGAACAUUCCUGUAUGAUACAGACAGACAAGCAUUCAGGCUCACAUUCACUCCACCACUCACCGCUCACGCUGCAGUCAGUGGUCCAUUUCACCACAUGCUUUUCAUCCAUUGAGCCAUCAUUUUUUUAUUUCAUAUCCUGGCAAAAAAAAAGCAACACAAUAGCAGUUUAGACUAUAUGUUUGAGUGUUUUUAUAUUUUUUGUAUGGAUUUUUGCCUUUUUUAAAAUUACUUAAGUUUUUCUUCCUGAGUAUAGCUUUAGUAUUGGACAAACAUCUCUGGAUAAAGUAGUAACAUUUGAGGGGGAUUUGCAUUCCCAUCAGUAUUGACUGAAUUAGUUUGGUUACUGCUGAGCGAUCAAAUACAUGGGGAAUUCCUGUGGUUAUAUGAACAGUAAUAUCUGCACUGAGAGUUAAUAUGUUGAGUACAUUUAUGGUGCUUUGCUCCCUGAGUAAUGAAAACAGAAACAGUUGAAAGUGGACUUUUACAUUUAUUCACAGCACACCAAAACUCGUACAUCGUUUUUGUCUUUUUUUGUUUGUUUGUUUGUUAACCGAUGCUCAGUGAAAUGCAAAAAAAAAGUAUUCAGACCCCCUUAAAUUUUUCACUCUGUUAUAUUGGAGCCAUUUGCUAAAAUCAUUUAAGUUUCAUUUUUUUCCCUCAAUGUACACACAGCACCCCAUAUUGACAGAAAAAAACUGAAUUGUUGACAUUUUGUAGUAGUAUUCAGACCCUUUGCUCAGUAUUUAGUAGAAGAACCCUUUUGAGCUAAUACAGCCAUGAGUCUUUUUGGGAAUGAUGCAACCAAUUUUUCACACCCGGAGUUGGGGAUCCUCUGCCAUUCCUCCUUGCAGAUCCUCUCCAGUUCUGUCAGGUUGGAUAGUGAACCUUGGUGGACAGCCAUUUUCAGGUCUCUCCAGAGAUGUUCAAUUGGGUUUAAGUCAGUGCUCUGGCUGGGCCAUUCAAGAACAGUUCUGAAGCCACUCCUUCGUUAUAUUAGCUGUGUGCUUAGGGUCAUUGUCUUGUAGGAAGGUGAACCUUCGGCCCAGUCGGAGGUCCUGAGCACUCAGAAGAAGAUUUUCGUCCAGGAUAUCCCUGUACUUGGCCGCAUUCAUCUUUCCUUCGAUUGCAACCAGUCGUCAUUGGGUCCCUGCGGCCUCCGGUUGGCCGGUUGUCGUGGCGCCUCGUUGGGGCCGGCGGACGGCCCAGGGUCCCUCGGUGUGGGACGUGUCCUGUCCACCGAGUGGACUCCAGGGCCCGAUCCCGCCUCUUGAUUGAUUAGGUAGGGUCCUCAGCCACCGCGGUGCAGGCACAGAAAUUACAGGACACUUCUGUCAGUCAUUGUGCAUGCGAAACAGUGUCAAUUCACUUGCAUGUGUCCGCAGCCACACACCCAUGGGACCUUUUCACUGGGUGUGGGGCCACUCACUUAUUGCGACAAAUAACUUAUGAAUAUGCAAAUUGCUUGGGUAUCCCCUCACUCACACUCUCUUCCUAUAUACUUUUAUAAUUUACAUAGUCACUCCCACCACACUUCAGUUGUACACUAACAUGUGUAUGUGUUCACUGUGAUGGGUUAAAUGCAGAGAACAUAUUUCAUGUACAUGCAUGCAUGUUCAUGACAAUAAAAGGUGAUUCUUCUUCUUCUUGA